AUGGUAAACCAGCUUGUGAUGGUUACUGUGCUACUCCAUUAUCUCUGCCCAGGUGUUUUCUCAGACGACUCAAUUCCUAUCCCAGCUAAUAAGGAUGAAGUGAACAGUUGGUUCCACUCCAAUAUCCAGCCCCCUUCAACUAGAAAGAACCUCAACCCUGAACUGGCUAAGGCGGAGGCUAAACCCAAACAUAUUAGGGUUUGUAAGAAUGGGAAGGGAGAUUUCAAAACCAUUAAGGAAGCCAUAGACAGCGUUCCCACUGGUAAUACACAGCGCGUGAUUAUUUCAAUCGGCCCGGGGAAUUACACGGAGAGAUUGAAGAUCGUGAGGGAGAAGCCGUUUAUAUCCUUGCACGGCGACGAUAAGGACCGGCCGUCGAUCAUCGGUUGUAGCACGGCGGCUCAAGACGGCACGGUUAUGAGCGCGACGGUGAUCGUGGAGGGCGAUUACUUCAUGGCGAGCUGUAUCAACAUCAUCAAUUCGGCUCCCCGGCCGGACGGGAAACGGAAAGGAGCGCAAGCGGUGGCGCUGACGCAGAGCGGCGACAUGGCGGCGUUCUACAACGUGAGACUCCACGGCUUCCAGGACACAUUCUGCGACGACAAAGGCCGCCAUUUCUUCAAAGAUAGCUACAUCGAAGGCACCGUGGAUUUCAUCUUCGGGAACGGGAAAACUCUGUAUGUGGAUACAGAAUUGCACGUAAUCGAAGGCGAUAACAUGGCGGUGGUCACAGCUCAAGCGCAGCACACGCGCGAGGAGGAUACAGGCUACUCUUUCGCGCAUUGCAAAGUAACAGGGGUAGGGGAAGGGGCGCUUCUAGGGAGAGGGUGGAUGGCGUUUUCCAGGGUGGUAUUUGCGUAUUGUGAAAUCAGUGACGCCAUUAAGCCGGAGGGGUGGCAUGGGGUGCCCGGAAAAACCCACUAUGGAGGAACCACAUAUUUUGGGGAAUAUAAGAACACCGGGCCGGGGGCUAAAUUGACCGCCCGUCCCAAUUUCGUGAAGAAGAUGAAGGAUCAAGAAGUGAAGAAAUUCAUCAGCUUUGGUUUCAUAGAGGCUUCCAAAUGGUUGCUUCCCCCCGCCAAAGUCUAA